CAUGGCUAAAAAUGUCCGUAAAAUUGAAAGAUUGAAAAUAUACAAGGAUUUAUGUAUGGACAGUCGACAGAUUGUAAAAGAUACGGUUAAGGAGCAUAUAUCUGCAGAUCCAAAAUGUCGGAUUUUUUCUAAACUGGAAUUUAGAUGUUUAGUAAACGAUUACACGACAAUUAUCUUCAGAGAAAUUCAGAAGCGUUUCCCGUCUGAAGUGUACUUGAACAAAAAGUCUUUGGUAAUAAAUGAGCAACGUGAUUCUCAAAAUAGAUCGUCUAACAAUACAAUUCAAACCUUGACCGAGUACUUUAUUAAAAAUCUUCCUGAUGAAAAUUUAACGCCAGGAAGCGCUGUCAACGUAGAGCAAACUCGGAGAACAACUAAAUACCAGAGUACUUUUAUAGAGAAAAGGAAAGUCAUGGAAUUACAAACUCCCUUAUCAAUGCAGACCGGUAUACGAAUUAAGUAUCCAAAUAGAGAAGAAAUAUACCAGAAGCAGCGUAAGCCGAACAAAAAAGCUAUAAUUGAGUCUAAGAAACGAUUGGACGAAUCUAGUCGGACAAAAAAUUCUUUCAAGUUAUAUAAAGGAGAUGAUAUUAGGUACACCAAACUUCAAGUAAGGCUUACAGAUUACGAAUUAGACCGCAAAUGCUGUUGUUACCGAACAAGUUACACCUGGCGAAGCAGAUUAUCUGAGGAGCCUCAGUACACUACUCAGUUUACCCCUGUCUUGCUUACUAAAGCAAACUGGAUAGACGGCGACGAUGUUUUAUCAGUUGGAGAGAUUUCGGACGAGGAUUGUGAAAAUCAGGCGACGAAAGCCGAUUUACAGAAAAACUCAAUUCAAGAAAAAACUAAACCCAGUUCAGGAAGGAGUGCCUCAAGAAUCAAAUCGGAUAAGAAAACUAAAAAACGUGUCAGAAUUGAUUAUGAAAAUAGAUGA